GGCUGGGGCGCAGAGUGGCCAUGCUUCGCAGGGCGUUGCUUCUCGGCUUGGGCGGAGGCCCCUUGGGCCGGGGUCUCGGCACACACAGAGGAGGCUCUACUCUGGGCUGGGAUGGAAAGGUGUCCGAGAUUAAGAAGAAGAUCCAGUCAAUCCUGCCCGGCGGGACCUGGGAUCCACUGUACGACACCAGCUACCUGCCCCCUGAGCGCGCGGAUGUGGUGAUUGUGGGGGGUGGGGUGCUUGGCCUGUCCGUGGCCUAUUGGCUGAAGAAGUUGGAGAAGCCACGAGGUGCCAUUCGGGUGCUGGUGGUGGAACGGGACCACACGUAUUCCCGGGCCUCCACUGUGCUUUCCGUGGGCGGGAUUCGUCAGCAGUUCUCGGUGCCUGAGAACGUCCAGCUCUCCCUCUUUUCAAUUGACUUCCUACGGAACAUCAACGAGUACUUGGCCGUAGUUGACCCUCCCCUGGACAUCCAGUUCAACCCUUCGGGCUAUCUCUUGCUGGCUUCAGAAAAGGGGGCUGCCAUCAUGGAGAACAACGUGAAGGUGCAGAGGCAGGAAGGAGCCAAAGUUUCCCUGAUGUCUCCUGAGCAGCUUCGGAACAAAUUUCCCUGGAUAAACACAGAGGGCGUGGCUUUGGCAUCUUAUGGGAUGGAGCAGGAAGGUUGGUUUGACCCCUGGUCUCUGCUCCAGGGGCUUCGCCGAAAGGUCCAGUCCAUGGGGGUCCUUUUCUGCCACGGAGAGGUGACACGUUUCGUGUCUUCAUCUAACCAUGUGGAGACCGUGAGUGGGGAGAAAGUGAAUUUGAAAAGAAUUCACGAAGUCCAUGUGAAGAUAGACCAAAGCCUGGAAUACCAGCCCGUGGAAUGUGCCAUCGUGAUCAAUGCGGCAGGUGCCUGGUCCGGCCAGGUUGCAGAGUUGGCUGGCAUCGGGAAGGGGCCACCCGGCACCCUGCAGGGCACCAAGCUACCUGUGGAGCUGAGGAAAAGGUAUGUGUACUUGUGGCACUGCCCCCAGGGACCAGGCCUGGAGACCCCAUUCGUUAUCGACCCCAGUGGAACCUAUUUCCGCCGAGAAGGAUUAGGCCAGAACUACCUGGGCGGCUGUAGCCCCACUGAGGAGGAGGAACCGGACCCAGGGAACCUGGAGGUAGACCAUGAUUUCUUCCAGGACAGGGUGUGGCCCACUUUGGCCCAGAGGGUCCCGGCUUUUGAAAGUCUGAAGGUUCGGAGCGCCUGGGCUGGCUAUUAUGACUACAACACCUUUGACCAGAAUGGCGUCGUGGGUCCCCACCCACUGGUCCUCAACAUGUACUUUGCCACGGGCUUCAGUGGCCACGGGCUCCAGCAGGCCCCUGCCGUGGGGCGGGCUGUGGCGGAGAUGGUGCUGGAGGGCCACUUCAGGACCAUCAACCUGAGCUCCUUCCUCUUCAGUCGCUUUUACUUGGGAGAGAAGGUUCAGGAGCACAACAUCAUCUGAGCCCGUAAGCUCUUCGCUGGGCCCCGCCACCCUGUCUGCCACCCGUGGCCUCCAUUCUCAUCCUCCUCACUGCUGGGUUCCGCCCCAGCACCCGGCCAGGCUCUCCAUCUCUCCUGUCCCCACCGGGUGAGGCCCAGGCCAACAGAGAGUGUGGGGGUAAGACCCCAGGACCACCCGCCAAGGCAGUGCCACUGGCAGAACACCUGAGCACGUGGUCCAAGACCGCCUUGUCCCUGGCACCGAGCCAGGAAGAUUGCCUCUGCCCCAAUGGGCAGGCUCCCCAGAGCCUGGGCAGGGAGCCCUCCAGGGUGGCUGGCCCAGAUUUAGUGAUUGUUUACCUACUCAUCAGUCAAUAAAUGUGAUUACUCUUUCCACCCA